AUGUGGUUAGGAAGCUGUCACGGCGCCAACCCGGCCAACGUCGAGUACAUGCUCAAGACCAACUUCGAUAACUUCCCCAAGGGCAAGACCUUCGCCGCCCUCCUCGGCGACCUCCUCGGCGGCGGCAUCUUCAAUGUCGACGGCGACGCCUGGCACCACCAGCGCAAGAUGGCCAGCCUCGAGCUCGGCAGCGUCGCCGUCCGCUCCUACGCCUACAAGAUCAUCGCCCAGGAGGUGGAGGCCUGCCUCAUGCCGGUCCUCGCUGACGCCGCCGACAGGGGCGCAGUCGUCAACCGCCAGGACGUGUUCCAGCGCUUCGUCUUCGACACCAUCUGCAAGAUCUCCUUCGGCCUCGACUCGGCAUGCCUCGAGCGCGAAAUGCCCAUGAUGAAGCGCCUGCUCAAUAUCGGGUCCGAGAGGGAGCUCAAGAAGGCCAUUAAGCUAGUGGACGAGCUGGCGGCGGCGAUGAUCCGGAAGCACCGGAAGCUUGGCUUCACCAACAGCCAUGACCUCCUGUCCCGGUUCAUGGCCUCCGCCGGCGACGUGCACACCGUCGACGACAAGUACCUCCGCGACAUCGUGGUCAGCUUUCUCCUUGCCGGGAGCGACACGGUGUCCUCCGCGCUCACCGCGCUCUUCAUGCUCCUGUCCAAGAACCCCGAAGUGGCGGCGGCCAUGCGCGCGGAGGCCGGCGACGACUCAACGCCGGUCACCUACGAGCACCUCAAGGGAAUGCACUACACCCACGCGGUGCUCUACGAGAACAUGCGCAUGUUCCCGCCCGUGCAGUUCGACUCCAAGUUCUGCGCCACCGCCGACGUGCUCCCUGACGGCACCUACAUGUCCAGCGGCGCGCGUGUCAUGUACCACCCCUACGCCAUGGGCCGCAUGCCACGCAUCUGGGCAGCCGACCACGGCGAGUUCCGCCCGGACCGGUGGCUCACCGGCGCCGGUGGGUCCUUCGUGCCGGAGUGCCUGUACAAGUACCCGGUGUUCCAGGCGGGCCUCCGCGUAUGCCUCGGCAAGGAGCUCGCCAUCACCGAGAUGAAGGCGGUCUCCGUGGCGGUGGUGAGGGUGUUCGACGUCGAGGUGGUCGGGGAGAGUGGCAGCGGAGCCUGCGCACCAAAGUUCGUGUCUGGGCUAAAUUUACUAUUCUACCCUUAA